GUGGCCAAGGGCAGGGAGUGACACCCCGAGUGUGCUUGGUGUGGGAGAAUGGAACGGGAUCCCGGCAGAUGGACUGGGAGCCUGAGUGGGUGGGUGGGUGUGUAGGGUGCAGCCCCCUCAGGUCGCGCCGUGUCCCACCUCGGGCCGGCCCGGGUUUAUGGCCGUUCCUCGCUGCGGGAGGGGCGUUAUCAGCCCCGGUCCAGAGAGCACGGGCUGAACCGGGCUGGGUCCGUGGCCUUCGAACCUGCCCCAGAGCCCGCGGGGGGCGCGGUCUCGGCUCUGCCCAGUGCCCCCGGCCCGGCCGCGCCCCCUCCCCGCCUCCUCCUGAGGGUCCCUGUCCCACGACAGAAACCCCCGGGACGAGGGGCGGACGUGCCCCCAGCCCUGGACGGACGCGCCUGGCGUUGGGAGCCAGCGCAGGAGGCAGGGGAGCGGGCACCGGGCAGACGAUGCCGUGCGGUGUCCCGGGUUGCGGAGUGCCCGUGGAUUGCGGUGUGCCCGUAGAACUACAAAAUGCCACAGGAUCGCAGAGUUCCGCGGGACUGUGGCUGUACCGCUCUGGUUCUCAGCGCUGCUGGGACUGGAGCGCACUGGCAGCUGCUUGGUCCCGCAUUCCCCGGGGGCCGGGCUGGGGCUCACCCCGCGCAGCCUCGGGGUGUCCCGGGAUGGGGCUGCCCCGGCCGCUCCCUGCGAACCUGCCGCGGCCGCCCGGCUCCGCCCGCUGCCCUUCCUCGGGAGAAGGAGGAGGAGGAGGAGGAGGAGGAAGAGGAGGCGGAGAUAGCAGCGGAGCAGGAACGGCGCUGGAAGGAGUGGGAGCGGGACAGGUCGGACGGGACGGGGGGACCCCGGCUGUGCCCCCCAGCAGGAAUAGACCAUCCGCACACCCUGCCUCCUCUCCCCGAGCUCUCGGACUUACCCCUCAUGCCGGGGAAACUGAGACGCAGCAGGCGGGAGGUGCUGGGGGAGAAGCAGUGGCAGAGCCUGGAGGAGAGGGGAAGUGCCCAUCUGGGGCAGCCCAAGCUCACCAGAUCCAGGACCUAUGAGUCCUCUUGCAAGGAGACAGAGCAGGCAGCCACGGGCACGCAGGGACCCCCAUCCCCCUCGCUGAGCAAGCAGGACAGCAGCUACCGCCGAGCCUUCGGGGAGCUCGCUGAGCAGGACGUGCUGCUGGGCUGCUUCUCAUGUGCCUGGCAGAGAGAGGUGCCCUACCACGGUCGCCUCUACGUGUCCUCCCGCCACAUCUGCUUCCACUCCAAUCUCCUGCUCAAGGACAUCAAGGCCGUCGUCCCUGUUGACUCCGUCUCAGCCAUCAAAAAGACCAACACGGCGUUGCUGGUGCCUAACGCAGUCAGCAUCCGCACGGCAAAGGGGGAGAAGUUCCUCUUUGUGUCGCUGCGCCAGCGAGAGGCCACGUACCAGCUCCUGAGGUCAGUCUGCAAACACCUGCAGGACAGCGGCCAGAGCCCUCGAAACUCAGUGAACAAUGAGGAAACUCUUAGGAAGUCUCAAAUCUCGAGCUUUUCAGACCUGGAGCAGAGCACCCCGGAGCCAAACAGCCUCCACAAAUCCCUGGGGCAUUCAUCGAUUGUCUCCUGGUCACCUGCAGAUGAGCCAAACCCAACAUCAAGGCAAGCAGAGGACGAGGAUGAUGGGGUGGCCCUACUAGUUCCCAGCAGCAGCGAAUGGGUGCCCUCAGCAGAGACCUGUGGCCUCUGGGGGGGACCCCACACCGUGCUCCAGGCCUGGGCUACUGCACUUUGGUCCCAGAUAAACCCCCAGCUGAGCCCUCUCAACAUCAUCAUCAUCAUCUACCUGCUGCUCAUGGUGGCCUUGCUGCUGUCCUCGGGGUACAUCGGUCUGCGCAUUGCGGAGCUGGAGCAGCAGCUGGCGUUCGUGGGGGCCUGGCCACAUCUCAACCUGUCACAGCAGUACAAGACAACGUGAGGCCACCAAGGACCAUCACCAGAGCUCCAGUUGGGGGGUCAGGGCCUCUCUGAGCCCUUCCCUGGCCUCUCAGGGGUGGCUCUGUCACCAAGUGCCUUCCAGCCCCCCACAAUGCCUGAGAAGCCCAAAUGGGCUGUGAGGCUCCAUCUCUCUCCCCACUGUCUGCCCACCCUGAGCAGCAGCAGAAGAGACUCAGGGAGCUCCCUGUGGGACACAGAGCAGGGAAGAGGGGCUGGAGUCAGCACCAACCCCCACCCAGCCCUGAGGCAGGGCAGGCAGAGGGGGCCAAGCCCCAGGCAAGGCAGGGGCACAAAGAACAGAUUCUAUUAGUAAAGAUUAAUAAAAUCUGUAUUAUAUUAA